UUCUAAGCAAGCCUUCCUUUUCUUCCUCCCGCAGUCCCAGUACAAGUCGCUGCUGGUGUCAGACAGAACCACGGCCGAGGAUGUGGUGCAGCUGCUGCUAAACUGUUACAGCAGGAGGGGAUAACAAGACUUACUACGCCAUCCAUGAGGUUCGUCGGAGUCCUGAGUUCAGUGACCGUAUGAUCCAGGCCGAGGAGAGGCUGCUGGAGGUGAAGGCGAGGUGGCCCAGGGACAGACAGGCGGAGUUCGUCUUUGUCCUGAGGCGUAAUAUGGCCCAAGCUCUCUCCCUCCGCAAGUUAGCAUUGCGGACAACUGAGAUAAAAUGGCCAGGAGACGGUAUAGGAGAGACUGUGGGCGGCCCCGUGACCAGCGCCCCGCCCUCACAAACCACCCAACCCGCCCACCACACCCACCACGCCCAACACGCCCACCAUACUCAACCUACCCCAUCCACACAUCCCGCCCAUCACCACCCACAGACCCAUCACCCAUCUCAACCCAUCACACUUCCUAGGCCCGCCCACCAAGCCACGCCCACGACACAAGCCGCCCCUCCCGCGCGUCACACUGUACUUGAGGGCGCUGUGAUAGACUGUACUGAUGUGACGCCCAGAAUGACGGCUAUUAAUAGGACAAAGCAAGCUCCUGUCACAGCCUCCGUCACCACCUCCGUCACCGUCGCCUCCCGUGUGCAGAGUGGUCCCCCCGCCCGCCCGCCGCCGCCCGUCACCACAAAUAUCAUUCCACCUACUAUCCAUGCUCUUCCUAACGCCCACGGACUUUCAGCAACUACUCACGCCCAUUCCAGCGCCGCCCACGGACCUCCAGCAGCUACCCACGCCCUUUCUACCACCCAUGGCCCACCCACGGCUAAUCACGGCCAUCCCAUCGCCGCCCACGGAUCUCCAACAACUACCCACACCCUUCCUAACGCCCAUGGUUCACUUCCAACUACUCACGCCCAUUCUAGCACAGCCCAAGGAUCUCAACCCAUUAUCCACGCCCACUCCAGCACCCACGGACCUCCAGCAACCACCCACACCCAUUCCAACACCGCCCAUGGUCCACCCACUAAACGCACCCAGAUAUCCACUCACGCAGCGCCACACAUGUCCACUAGCUACUCUAAUCAACAUUCUCACGCCCACAGUCACGCCCACACAGGCACCAGGGACUCUGCUACCAACACUGAGGUGAAAACAGUGUCUAACAACAGCACGCAAACUGUUCUGUCCAGGAAAGUUGUGACACACCCACCCCCACACCCUCCCUCCACCCACCACCCCCACACUCUACCCCUAACCGCUCCACCUCCACCACCACCACCACCACCACCACCACCACCACCUCCUCCUCCUCCACCUCACCCUACACACACCCCAACCCCUCAGUCCACUUCUUCCUCCACUCUCCCCCCUAACUCCCCACCUCCAGUUACUCUCUACCUCACUGCCUCUCCUGCUUCCCCCCCUAAUUACCCCCCACCUCCGCCCCCCACCGAGGAAGGGAGCAGUGCCCCCUCUAUACCUCAAGGAGAAGAGGGUGAGAGAAGAGAGGAUGCGGUGAAAUCCUCUGAAGGACAUCUUUGUUCCUUCACUCCUUCAUCUUCCUUCUCUUCAUGUUCUUCCUCUCAAACAAAUACCAAUAUCUCUUCCAUUAUCUCCACUACCUCUUCCACUUCUUCCUCCUUCCAAACCACCGUCAUUUCAUCCUGUACCACCUCCUCUUCCUCUUCCUCUUCCCUCCCAAACAAUGUCACCACCUCCUCCUGUACCUCCUCCUCCCCUUCCUCCUCCACCACGUGUAAGCAUAACUGCCAACACUGCUUCUAUAUCUGACGGUGAGUGUGACGUGCAUGGCGGUACGUGGCCUGUGCUGUGCGUGUACGUGUGUCAGUGUACGUGCUUCGUGUCUGCGUGUACGUAUGUGUCCUUACUGUGUCAACGUGAAGAGAGGAAGAAUGGAAACUUUCUUGGAAUGGCAAAUACUUCAAAUGUAUAUAUUCCGCUGAAUAAAAAAAAAAAAAGAAUAUUGAUUAUAUGUAGCGCGAAUAGGAGAAUGUGAACUUUGCAAAAUGGAAGAAAUAAAGAGAAAGAGAAUGAAAAUUUUCUUAUAAUGGCAAAUGCUGGAAAAGUAUAUAUAUUCUGUUAAACCCAAAGAAAUAUUGAUUCUGUGGAGUAUGCAGAGGAAAAUGUGAACUCUGCAAAAUGGAAACAAGGAUAGAAGCGAGUGAGAGAACGAAUGGAAAGAAAUGGAAAGUACUGAAAAAUUUAUACAUUGUUAAACCCAAAUAAAUGUUGAUUCUGUGCAAUGUAGAAAGAAGAAUGAGGAGCUUCAAUAUGAACAAAGAUAAUACAGUUAUUUGGUAUAGUAUUCUGAUGUCCUAAAGAGUCUCUACAGGCAAGUGGAAGUAGACACUGUAUCCAUAGAAAUAUUAAUGAAACUACUUAAAUUCCAGUCGUCAGUUCACUGUAAAAGAACCACAGACAUAUGCAGUGAUUCACAGAUAUUACAAUACUCAAAAUUAUACCCUUGAAAAUGAGACACAGUGAACGAGUAUAGUGUUAUGAUUCUUAGACUUCUCUCACUAUCCUGUACAGUGCAAAGGGUAGAUAGACUGUACCCUUGUAAUGGUGAAAUGGUGAAUAGCUAGAUCCUCGUCAGCUGAGAGGUUGUAUGGUGAAGCUUCCCCUUGUAUAUGAUGACCCUUUGUAUAUAUAGUGAUCCGGUGACCUUAGUAACACCCUGGCCUUCUAUUGUAUAGUGAAAAGGUCAGACAGAUACUGUGAAUAAAGGUUGUUUUGUAAUAUUUCUUCACCUCUCUAUUUCUGAAGUGGUGUUACUGUGGAGAGAGGUGGAUGUGAGUGCUGUGGUGAUGUGUUGUGGAGUGAACGCAGUUGUGGUGGUGCUGAGUGGCGCAGAGGACAGUAGUGUGGUGGUGUGGUGGUGGAGUGAGCAGUGCUGUGUAGGGUUGUGGAGUGAAUACAGUUGUGGUUUAGAGUGGUGCAGAAGGCGGUGUGUGGUAGUGUGGUGGAGUGGAUGGCAUUGUGGUAAUGUGAUGGACAGUGCUGUGGUAAUGUGGUGGAGUAAACAGUGUUGUGGUGGAGUGUGGUAGUGUGGUGGAGUGUCCCGUGUAACAAGCAAAUCACAUCCUUUCCUUUUCUCAGCUUUAUUUUAUAACCAAAUAUGUAUGUUUAGUGCUACGUACAGACAGACAGACACUCGCUCGUUCGGUGAUGUGUGAAGAAAUAAUAAUAGAGGAACUUGUACUAGAACUGAAAUAAAAGUCUGUUUACUCU